GUUUGUGCGUGGGCGUUAAAGUAAUGUUUGUGACAUCAUUAAGUAGAAUUGUAAUAUCAAGAAGGAUAAUGUCUUCUCCAAGUGCAAAACGCCUCAAGUUAGACACAGAAGAGAGAGACUCCCUCCUCUCCCCUCUCCUUUCUGCUGGCUGGGCACUAGUCGAAGGACGCGACGCCAUUAAAAAAGAUUUCAAAUUCAACGACUUCAAUGAAGCGUUUGGAUUCAUGACACGAGUGGCACUAAAAGCAGACCAGAUGAACCAUCACCCAGAGUGGUUCAAUGUCUAUAACAGUGUCAAUAUAACACUCAGUACUCAUGAUUGCCAAGGGCUCUCACAGAGGGACAUCAAUCUAGCUAAAUUCAUUGAUUCCAUUGCUAAGUGAAUGGGUACAUGUCACCCGUUGCUAAGGGGCGUGGCUAGACACCUUAAUAUUAAAAUUAUACAUGACUUCAAUUUUUGCUCUUUUUGUACAAACACACACACACACACACACUUUGUUAUAAAGAUUAAAAAUUUGAUCAAAAUAACAGUUUUAAAAUGGCUGCCCAGCACUGCCAACUUUAAUAUAUUGA